GCUGUUUCCAUGGAGAUGGAUCCUCCUGUGGUGUUUCUCGUGUUCCUGUUUUAGCUCAAAUUUAAUUUCAUAUUUUCCCGCAGCAGCAGAAUCAGUCCGGCCCUGGAGCAGCUCAUUUGGUCCCUGGAAUAGUCCCGGUCCAGACCUGGUUUUCCUCUUGGUCUUGGUCCUGGUCUUGGUCCUGGUCCUGAUCUUUGGUCCUGGUCUUGGGAUGGGCCUAUGGAGGAUGUGGUUCUUCGUUAUAAAUCCGGACCAGACCAGGACGUGUCUGCUCUGAUCGGGACCACAGAGAGACUCCUGGCCCCGUUCCCCUGUCGCCCUCCGCAGGUUUUCAGUCCCUGGUUUCCCUCCGUCGUUGACAGACACCUGCCCCUGAGACCGGCCAGACCUCCUCCCAGAAUCCUCUCUGCCCCCGACCCCGGUCCAGAGGAGGACAGGGGGAAGACCGGACCAAACCAGCACCCAAACCAGGACCCAAACCAAACCGGACCAACUGGGACUCUUAACCAAACUACACAGGGGAAGAAAGAGAAAACUGGACCGACCCAGGGCCCAAAAGAGUCUGGACCCAAAGAGAAUCUAAACCAGACUAGAGAGGAGACUGGACCACCGGGGAGUCCAGAUCAAACAUGUGGGGUCAGUCCUCAAACUGGACUAACCCAGGGGCCGGUGAAUUCUACGAGUCGAGCGCUCAGUCCCCGAGUCGACCAACGCGACGUGAUCAGGACCCAGUGUCCCUUUGUCCCAGAGACGCCACCAGACCCAGACCCAGGUCCACAGGCCCGGACCAGACCAGGAUCUAAACCCGACUCUCCAUCCAAACGCUGCUGGACCGUGUUCGGGCACAGAGUCCCGACCAAAGACCGGACCAGAGACCAGACCCGGGUCCGGUCCCGGGUCCAGACCUCGUCCCGGCACUUCACCCAGACUCUGUCCAAACUGAGACUCCAUCCCAGACACAGAGUCAAAUGGAUCCUCCACGAAAACAACUGCAGAGACAUCGAACAGGUGAGACAGGUGUGGCGCUCCCUCUCUCGUCCCGCUCGCUUGUCCCUCCCGUCGUCCUGUAACGCUCACUUCGUCCGGGACCAGGCCCAGAUCUGGGUCUACUGUGACCUGGUCCAGUCCGAGGAGGUGGGUCUGAGUCUGAAGGAGGACCUGAGUCUGAGGGGAACAAUCUGUCUGUGGGAGCGACGCCACGGAAACAUCUACAGCCUCUGACCCACGAAGAGCUCCACCGGGUUUUUACACUCCACACACCUUCACUAGAAUCACCUGGAGCAUUUCAGACCUGGACCUGCCCAGUUUCUACUGAACAAAAUAAUAAGAAUAAUAUAAAAAAUAAGUUAAACACAACUCCAGGUCUGUUUGUGACGAGGAAACAUCAGAACACGACUUAAAGCCACGAGAGUCAAGUUUGUGUGAUUAUAGAACCUCAAAUUCUAGAAUGAACCCAGAAGCAGAACUUCUAUCAAAUCUGGACUUACCCAGAUUUAUGUAUAAACCUUUUCAGUCCUGGUUCAGUCCUGGUUCAGUCCUGGUUUAGACCUGGUUUAGUCCUGGUUUAGACCUGGUUUAGUCCUGGUUUAGACCUGGUUUAGACCUGGUUUAGACCUGGUUUUGUCCUGGUUUUGUCCUGGUUUAGACCUGGUUUAGUCCUGGUGUUUAUCACAAAGCCAAACAUGUAGUUAAUUUAAAAUAAAGAAAAACUUGAAUUAGAAAAAGAGGCACAUGAUUUAAAUAUGUGUAAAUGUUUGUGAGUCUUUGCCGAAAAUGACCUCAUGUCUGUUUUUAAAUUGUGUAUUUAUAAAAGUGUAAAUCUUACACUGGAAGCUGCUUUUACAGUUAUAAAAUCUGUGUAAUGUGUUCGAGCUGCUGAGAGGAACUCUAUUUAUACAAACAGUUUUAACACUGGGGAUUUUACUCCACAUCAACUUGUGACCAAAAUAUUUUUUAUAAAAAGUUUUCCACUACUCGUGCUGUUUCUCUUGUGAUUUGUAAAAAAAGUGACCGUGUAUGAACUGUUGUUCACUGUCAAAGAUGCAAUAAAGAUUUUUAAAGAAAA